AUGGCUUCCUCAUUUUCAUUACGUAAAGGAAUGAGUCGAAUUCUUGAUGGAAUAAUGAAAUACCGACAAACAUUACGACCACUAUUAUUAGAAGAAUUUCAAAAAGUAGCAACAGGACCUUCGCCCGAGGGUCUUCUUUUAACCUGUGUUGACAGCCGUGUUGUUGCAUCUCGUAUAACUCAAGCUGUACCUGGUCAACUAUUUAUAGUUCGAAAUCCUGGUAACUUAGUUCCAAAUCAUAAUUGUUUUCGAAAUAAUGUAACAGUCGGAGGUGAAUGUGGUGCUCUUGAACUGGCUUGCUCAAUAAAUAAAGCUCAAGUUAUUGUUGUUAUUGGCCAUUCUGAUUGUAAAGCAAUGAAUUUACUUUAUUCAAUUCGCGAUGAUUUAAAAUCACCAUCGAAAGGUCCACUUGAAGAUUGGCUUAGAGUUCAUGGGCGAGGUACAAUUGAACAAUUCAAAAAACUUGAAAGUUCCACUGGUUUCGAACGGAAACUUAUAUUUGCUGGUGCACAACAUUAUGAAGAUGAUUUUGAAGCUUAUAUUGAUCCAUAUAAUCAAUUCAAGCCUUCAGAUAAAUUUUCUCAAGUAAAUACAUUAGAACAAUUGAAAAAUUUUCUUUCGUAUCCAUUUUUAAAGGAACGACUCAAUCGGAAUGAGUUAGAAGUGCAUGCACUUUGGACAGAUAUAUCCAAAGGCGAAGUUUAUAUGUUUUCUUUUCAAGAAAAAACUUUUGUUAAAAUUGAUGAAACUUCAUAUAAAACACUUACUCUCGAAUGUAUUUAG